GCGGGUUUCUCUCUCAGAGGAGAAGAGAGUGAGGAGCAGGAGGGCCCAUCUCUCUCUCUCUCUCUCUCUCUCUCUCUCUCUCUCUCUCUCUCUCCCUCUCUCACACGCGCGCUCUCUCUCUCUCGCUGCCUCUUCCCGUCGUAGCACCUGGCAGGGGCUCAGCGGUCGUGAGGCGCGCGAAUGGGCAGAGCAGAAUCCCUAGAAGGGAAGAUGAGCGCCCAGGAUCCUUCAGAUCUGUGGAGCAGAUCAGAUGGAGAAGCUGAGCUGCUCCAGGACUUGGGGUGGUAUCACGGCAACCUCACACGCCAUGCAGCCGAGGCUCUUCUCCUCUCAAACGGAUGUGACGGCAGCUACCUUCUGAGGGACAGCAAUGAAAGGAUCGGGCUGUACUCUCUCUCUGUGAGAGCCAAAGACUCUGUCAAACACUUUCAUGUUGAAUAUACCGGAUAUUCAUUUAAAUUUGGCUUUAAUGAAUUCUCAUCUUUGAAGGAUUUUGUCAAGCAUUUUGCAAAUCAGCCUUUGAUUGGAAGUGAGACAGGCACUCUGAUUGUCCUGAAACAUCCCUACCCAAGAAAAGUGGAAGAACCUUCCAUUUACGAGUCUGUCCGGGUUCACACAGCAAUGCAGACGGGCAGAACGGAAAGUGACCUCGUGCCCAGCGCACCUUCUCUGGGCACCAAAGAAGGUUACCUCACCAAACAGGGGGGCCUGGUCAAGACCUGGAAAACAAGAUGGUUCACGUUGCACAGGAAUGAACUGAAAUACUUCAAAGACCAGAUGUCACCAGAACCAAUUCGGAUCCUAGAUUUGACAGAAUGUUCGGCUGUGCAAUUUGAUUAUUCACAGGAAAGAGUAAAUUGUUUUUGCUUAGUGUUUCCAUUCAGGACAUUUUAUCUCUGUGCAAAGACAGGAGUAGAAGCUGAUGAGUGGAUCAAGAUAUUACGCUGGAAACUGUCUCAAAUAAGAAAGCAGCUUGAUCAAAGGGAAGGCACAAUCCGGUCUCGGUCAUUCAUCUUUAAGUAGACCUUUAUCUGACCCAGGACGCCCUGACCCAGGAGCAGGGUGGCAUGGUCUCUGACGCUGUGACCCAGAGGAAAGCUAAGGAUUUUUCUUUCAAAACAAAUCAAAAGCAGAUGCGGAUUUGGACCUUCAGAACCCACCACAUUUGCAGUCUCACAGGUCACUGCCUGCCUUUCAAGAUAUUGUCGUCUCCUGGAGAAGACCAAAGCGUCACCGAUCUGACGGAAACCAAUGAGACCACCAGCCCAGGCAUGCUCACUCUUAGAGCGCGCCAGAGAAGAUCAAGGGUUUUUGUUUUCCCUCACUGUGGUCCCCAAGCUGGUUGACAUUACCUGCCUGGAGUCCCAUUCUGCAUCCCGCUCAGCCCAUCUGAUAAUCCGGGUCUUGCUGUCCACUGGGAAGGGGACAGCUGCGUCCUCUGACUGCUUCUACAGAAAGCGUAUGGAAAUCGCAAACACCAAAGACUGGGGGUGGGGGUGCAUUGUUUUUGCUUUUUUUUUUCUUUAUACAGAAAACAAAACAAUUUCCAAAACUAAAAUGGGAAAUGUUCACGGUUACCUAUUUUCUCUUCGUCAAAGGCUCAGAAAUGUAGUGGAUCCUGCCUUCCCUUCUAAUAAUAAGCCUGUGAGAACUAAAUGUCCUGUAGGACGUCAGGUAGGAUGAUAAAGAUGAAGGUAAAACCUAAAAAACAUCUCUUAAUCAUUUUGGGGGGGAAAGGUUUUAAAGAGUAAGAAAACAUAAAGUGAGAAAAGGGAAUAAAAUAGUAUAUAACUUGGAGUUUAAUAAUAAUAAUUGGGAUGUUAUCACUAUAACAAUAAUAGAGCACUUGGAAGCACCAAGUUGUCUGCAUCCAACAUUUCUGCACACAGACGGAGAGACUUUUCAAGCAGAGAAGAAUGUGCUAUGCCAAUCUCGCCCCCAGGGUGAGCUGCCCCUGUUGGCCCAGGGGAAGUAAGAUUCCCCUUGCGCUGCGAUCGCCGAGCACCCUGAGCCCUUCUUCAGGAGCAACUUCUGUUGCCGGUUGAAGGAGCAACACUAAAUCCACGUGAAAUAUAUGAUGAUGUGUUACACCGCAUUUUCAAGCUAGAAUAAGGGGGUUGAAAUCGGGAAACAAGAUGCUGGCAUCCAGAGCUCAUAGAUUCUAACCCCUUCCUUGCCUUAUCUUUAUGAAUACUGCUUUUUUAGGUAGACAUUUGAAGGGAGAUAAAAGUGGAGACCCCAAAAUAAAAAAAGAGUAUGGUGCAAAGCUCUGAUACAACACUGCUUUUGCAGUCCAAGAGCAUACCUUGAUAAAUAAGUUUCUUCUGUUAUUUAAACAUCCAGGACUCAUUAGUUAUAUUACAUUUUUGUGUAUUUCAACAAGGUUUUUAAUGUAUUUUGUUAUGUGUGUAUCAUAUGAGAUAAACCAAACGUCAAGUUAAAAUGUAUUCUGUCAGGUUCACCAAGUAAGGAGUUGAAAAUGAAUCCUCACUGAGAGGUGCAGUUUAGGUUUUGUUUUCUUAGAACCAAGAGUUUUUCUUUGUGUAGGUAAUACCAUUCUUACCUUUUGUAAAAUAUGUCAUGUUUAUUUAUAUUCUUUGGUUAAGUUUAUUAAAAAGAGCAUUUUGCUGUGCCUGUAA